CCUUUCUAUAAAAGAUCACACGAGGGAACAUUUGUAUUGAGAGCGCCCUCGCUGGCUACGCAGUCGUCUGGCGUGCAGGCUAUUAGUACCGUGCUCCCGAACAACACAAGACGGACUGCAUGUGCGCGGACCCAGCAGUCUUCAGAAGAAGAGUUGUGAGUCACACUCGAGGGCGCCUUUCAACCUAAGACAUUACGUGUCUCCCUGUGUGGAGAUGUAUGCCUGUUGGGCUAUCAUCUGCCCAUCAGGAGCGUGUAUGGUGUAAUGUGGGGACGCCUGUGUACCGGAACUCACAGCUGCAGGUGUGGUUUAUAUACGGCAUGACUAGGAGUGUGUGCAGAGUUGCCAAGAAAAGCUGUUUCAGCCGCCCGAGGCCGUCUACCUUCUCCUCGGUCUAUCAAGGCGUCUGGGAGACUGCGCGGUAGCAGCAAGCUCCGGAGUACGGACGGGGAACUGAGAUAGAUGCUCAUUGUCACUGAUAAGGAAACAGCCGGGCGUGAAGGCCAUCAUUAUCGGAGACAGACAACCUUUGGUAAAUCCCGGCACAAAGAUGGAUAUGCUGGGGAGGGGCCGAAAUGGUGCGUGCCAAAUCCUCAAUAUGUUCUGAUAUUAACGUGGACGUACCCGUACCGACGUCAAGGACAAAUACUCUCCGGUCAUCGGGGGACAUAUGAAAACAAGGAAAACUGAAGAGACGGGAAGGAGUUCUGACGUUAUAAACUUCGGUGAAACUGUUGACGUCCUCUAGCUAAGAAGAAGAAUACUUAGAUUAUAGAAGACGAAACACGUGAUGUGUUUGGCAUUAGACGUUUAGCAAAAAAUGCGAUGAUGCACAAACUUUGCCUAGAUGAAGAUCUGACCUGGAUGAUCUGAUCGCUACCUGCAAAACUCUAAGAUGGUGUCCACGCUAUCCUUACAGUCGUAUAGCACGGUACGUGUGGUGUUGUUAGCCGUCUUGUGGCGAUCUGUUGACCUUCUGCCGUGUCCAAAGUCGUGCUCUUGUGGCGGGACCUAUAACAACCCGGACCACACCGUCUCCUGUAACAACAACGGCCUCGCCUCCAUUCCUGACGGGGUUCCUGUGGGUGCAAACACCCUCAACUUACGUGGAAAUCUGUUAGGAAGGCUCCACCCGGGCCCCUUCCGGCGGCUACAUGAUUUAAAGACCUUGGAUCUGAGCGCGAACAAGAUAAGGAAUAUCGCAGAUGAUACAUUUGUAGGACUCCUGAGGCUUGAGACGCUAAAUCUAUCUGCGAAUAUGUUGACUUCUGUGUCCUCAUCGCUAUUCACGGGCUUGAGGAAUCUGAGAACUCUUCUGCUGAGUAAAAACCCAAUUGUCUGCAUCGGAAAGGAAGCAUUCUCUCCGAUUCCAUUUCUGAGAUCUCUUGACUUGGAGAGGCUUACGCAUCUCAGAGCGCUCUCAAGGAAAACGUUUGCGGGAUUACACAGACUGAUCAAUCUGAACAUGGUCGGCUCCAACCUCAUGGCUGUGCCUUACAUGCAAUAUCUGUACGGACUAGAAAAGCUGAAUCUUUCUCAAAACAACUUAACCUUCAUUACUGCAAGCGACUUCCGGGGACUUACGCAUCUUAGGAUACUGGUUUUGUCUUCAAACAGAUUAACCCAGAUUGAACAGAAUUCUUUCGACGAUUUAACAGCUUUAUCGGAACUGAAUCUUUCCAAUAAUUCGCUGAAAAUCCUACCGUUUGGUUUAUUUUCUGUAAUGACAUCCCUCACCAAGGUCAACUUGAGAGACAACCAAUGGCAUUGUACGUGCGAGAUCACGUGGCUAGCUCGCUGGGCACGCGAGAACGUCCGAGAGAAGGAACGAGAUUUGUGCGGGAUGUGUACAUAUCCCGUGUCCAUGCAAUACACUUCGCUGUGUGAAGCCCCCCUCGACAAACUGAAGUGUCUUCCGCCGAAAAUAAUCGACCAGAGAGUCAGUGUAAAUGUGACCACUGGUCAGACUGCCACGUUACGGUGUAGGGCCAGUCGCGAGGCGAAUGUCGGUUGGAUCACUCCCAAUGGCACCAAAGUCAAACGUGGCUCCUUCAGGGUCAGAAUCAAGUUGACACACGACAACACGCUGAAUAUCACCAACACAUCCUCGGCCGAUGCCGGAAGGUACCGCUGUGUGGCCAAAAAUCAGGCCGGGGUUACCACACUGGACACCAUACUGAACGUCACAGGGAGUAUUCUCCCAAUCGCUUCUGCUACGGAAAUGCCAGUCGAAGAGGACUCGCUAGAUGAUCGCCUUGACCCGAGGAUAUGUACCGUCGAUUCUAAGUUCUUCUCCACACUGGACGACAUCGAUCUUCAGAGUGACCAAAAAUCGAUCCCGCUUCCGUCUCCCACACGAGACAGUUCAGACAACAGGAGGACCGAGCCAACAGCGAUAAACGUCAAAAACGCUUCAGUGUCAGGAAGCAGAGGUAGCAUCAUCAACUAUUACAGAAAAUACAUCAUAGCGUCAGUCGCCUCAGUCUUGUCGCUCGGAGUAAUAGUUUUUAUAACGUUCUGUUUGACAAAAAAGUGCUCUAAGUGGCGAAGGAAAAGAAAGAUAGUUAGAGAGAGAUGGGACCGGGCCAGAAAGACAUGCGCACGAGGUCCCACGUGCUUGAAAGGAACCGAAAAAGACGAACCAAAUGAACUCCCAGAUGUGUACUCAGCUUGUAACGGUGGUGGCGUCUUGGCGUUCCCUAUAGAAGAAACUAUUGUCUGACAAAUCUAACCCGUCAUCACAGAAUCUACUGUAUCAAUGAGUGCUGUAGCAAGGCGCUGCUACAGGCUCAUACGUACCUCAGAGUUCUCCUAAUUGUGUUGGACAAUGCGUAUCCAUCUGCUAUACGUAUGCAUAGCUUCAUGUACAGACAAACCAGUACAGAACUGUGUUUUGCGUUGUUGUGAUGUGUUAUAUAACAUGUUAGACGUAUGGUUUGAAAACUAGUGUGCACUUGCCGGUGGAUUUGUAUCGGUGGUUACCGUCGCAAUAUUGAUACAGACUUUAACCGCAUCCGGAGGUAAUAAAAGAAAGGACUGGUUGCCAAAGGAAAUGCUUUUGCUGAUUCACAAAAGAUAUUGCAACAGAUAUAUGCCGGCGACGGGUGAUCUGAAACGCUAUAUACGUGACCGUAUUACGUAAUGCACAGUGGUCUUGACAACAGGUCUCUGCAGAAUCCGGUGACGAAAUAAACUAGAAUAUAUUUCAUAAC